GAUAAGUAGAGAAGAAUCAGAUAUCUAAACAUCUAAACCCGUCGGCCCAUUCAGUCGACGGUGGCCACGCGCGCGGUGCGGAGCAGUGAGAACCGGCGUGCACAGGACUGACAGAUGGACAAAAUGGCGGCAGCGCUCCUGGUUUUGGCGGUUUUAAGUUUACUACACGAAGGGCUGGCGAUAAACUGCUACCAAUGCAACAGCCACAACGACUCCCGCUGCCUGAUGGACAAGCUGCCGGAUUCCCUGCGGCUGCCGUGCGGGCCCAAGGACACCAUGUGCCGGAAAAUCUCCCAGGUCGUGGAGUUUGAGAUGAACGGCAUGCCGCCGGACAGCCGCGUCAUCAGGGGCUGUGGGUGGGACGAGACCAGCUAUAAGGGUCGGUGUUACCAAAGAUCCGGUUUCGGUGGGCGGCAGGAGGUGUGCUCGUGCCUGGAAGACGGGUGUAACUCCGCCACUGUACCCAUCGCCGCCACAGCGCUCAUGCUGCUCACCGUGGCCAUCCUGAGGUUCUGCGGGUUAGAUGGUCCUAAUCAGCUCAAAUUGACACCAUCCGUUAUAUAUUCAAUUGCCAAUCUCCUGAAUGACACAGCUGGGGCAACUCAGUGUUUGGGCUCGUUUGACCCCGGUCGGUUCGGGCUUGGACGUGGCAAGAUGUACUCUUAUGGCCUUCUUCUAUUCAUCGGACUAGUCGAAUAUGGUUCAGCGAUAGUCUGCUACGAGUGCAACAGCGCGCUCAACUCGAUGUGCGCAAACGCAGUUCUCCCGGACAGCCUCAAGCGGAACUGUUCGGAGCACGACCGCGGCGUCACACACACCCUGUGCCGGAAGAUCAUCCAGCAUGUAGACCACGAGGUCAACGGACAGCUCCCGACACCGAGAGUCAUUAGGAGUUGUGGAUGGGAUGAGAGCAAGUAUAAGGGUUCCUGCUACCACCGCUCCGGCUACGGCGGUCACCAAGAGGUGUGCUCGUGCGUCACCAACCUCUGCAACAAUUCCACUCAGACCACCAUCAACAUCGCCUUCAUCAUCAUAUCCAUCAUCGCUUUCUUCGUGUCCAAUAAAGAUACAUACUGCUGCUCUUGGAACAUCGAGGCGAGCAAAAUUCAACAAAGUGUGAUGGCUGAUCGUUCGAAUGCUGACAAACUAACUAACUGGUCUCAUUUAGAGCCUAUAGGUACAGGCGCUAAGAAGAAAAUUGUUAAAAGUCAAGAUAAACAGAAUUUCUACAACUCUAGCACCCGCGCUCAUGAGCGAGGUAAAGAAAACGUUGACAUCGAUCGUCCCAAGCGACUUCAGUUUUCCUCGGAAUCUGCAUCGAGUCUCGAUUACUAUGCCGAAGGAGAGAAAAUGGUAUCGGACCUUUGCACGAUACCCGAUGCAAACGAAGGUACCUUUCAAAAACGUUUGAGUAACGACGAAAGGGAACAGUCGUCAGGCCCGUCUGAUUAUUUUCUUACAGCUCUCGACAAAAUCAACUCUCUGGACCAAAUACCCAACAGAAUUGUUCAGCUAGCGAUUGAAGCUUGUACUGAUGCUGAAAAUAUUGCUAUUUCACACCACAACAGACCGUGUUUUAAAAAUAUUCAUUCCAUAUGCGCCAAAACUAGAUCCAACGUCCAAAAAGCAGACAGUGCAGUCGCUAAUCUUCAUUCUCAAGGCAUACCAUGGGUAAUCAAGAACUUUAUAUUUUCAUUCGUAAGAAUACUUGACGGAUGGAAAGGGGUUAAGGAAUUACUGAGUGAGAAACACGACACCUACGCUAGAAUUGAAAACAAAUACUACAGCGAAAAUAUACGCGAAUGUUUUGUUCAAUGGCAAGCAGUCACAGAAGAAAUGCUUGCACACAUUUACAAAACAUUUAAGUGCCUAGAUCAUGGAUUCAAAUUGGAGCAAAAAAGUUUUACACAAAAUUACUAUGCCACCAACCCCACACCAAAUCGGCAUCAAAAUCAGAACAAAUUUCCAACAUUCAAGUCUCAUACUUGCUUACCGCGCGCAGCCAGUACCUCCCCCGCUCCCUACAAUGCACUGCAACCUCCUUGGGUGCAAAGUCAAAUGACAAAUACCUCGCAGAAUAUUCCCGAUACUCAGUGGUCGAAUCGACCGGGAGUGAGUUACAAAAAAAUACCAGUACUCACGACAUCGUCUCAAUCGUUUUACUCAUCAAACGAUUUGAAUGAUUACGAAACGUUUCAAAAAUCACAACCAAAAUGUGAUGUAAGUAAUUUCAGAGAAGCAAAGCCGCGACAGUCUUGGACCAUUACGAACGCUGAUUUUCGAGCCAUGGAAGGUAUAUAUCAAACUGAUCAACGAGAACUCUACUCCCAACUUAAACAGAAAAUGGACGCUGAGCUUGGCAAGGUACCGAUUCCACCCAUUUUCAAUAGCAUGUUGAGUCGCGAAAUGGAAAUUAAAGCCAAAAUGAUACCGUUGAGUCAUGUUGAAAAAACCUUAAUACCGAGUAUGGCUACGACGGAGAUAAGAGGAUGUUACAUGCCAAAAAAUAACAGCUGCGGUGACACGAAGGAUGAUACUGAUUUUUUUGCUACGUGGGGUCAGAUGAUACAGAAGGAACGAAGUGAGUUUAUAGCACAUCACACUCACAACGCCCACGUUCCUAAUAACACUCUGAACAUCUCGAACACUAUCGCUGGCCCCAUACAAUACUUUGAAAACGAACAUGAUGAGUGCUACGAAAUAUCAAAGGUGUACAUGAAACCGGGCAGUUACAAAGUGCCCAUAAAGUCGACUGAUCUCAUGCCUCCUUUUGCCACUAACUCCCUACAAGAUCCGAUUGAUCUUGUUGACGACUCAAAUUAUAAAAGCGCUAAACCAUUGUUGUCACCGGUCGUGUUAGCUCCUCAACCAAAAUAUAAUUUGGAAUCCUGGCCGUGCCUGGUACCAAAAAGAUCAGACGAACUCAACGAAGCUCAAUUUACUAACAUUUCAACCUCUUAUCUGGAUGUUCAAAAGAUGGACAUUCAGAACUCUAUGACUUCUGAUAGAGCAUGGGAAGCAGCAAAACAGUCUGCUCCAAAAUUAAUUGACUCUAAAAACGAAGACAGUAGGUCUGACACUGCUAGGCUAUACAAUGCACUUGGACUCGCCGGAAGUGAUAAAUCUUAUGAAAAUUAUAAAACAAACUUCGAAAUUGUAGAUGAUGAUUUGAUGGAGGCGUCGAAUAUAGUAACGACUAGAAAUACUCAGAAAAUAUGGUGCGCGUCUGUACAUAACAUCUCUCAAAUAUCUAAAAAAGAUGAACGUGAAAAUGAAGAAUGUGAAUAUGAAAUAAAAGAAGACGAAAAAGUAAGAAAAACAAGUACACGGUGUUCUAAUUUUGACCAAUGUGGGAACUGUAUUAAAGAUACGAACCAGAAGAAAAACAUAAAAACUAAGACGAUAGCUCCUGGCACAUGGUAUCAUGCAAAGAAGAAGCAACCGCUAUCAAUGUUUGUGGUAAAAAAAUUUGAAACGAUCAUAACAAAUUUAUCGCAAAACGUCGAAACAACAUUUAUUCAACAAGACAUGGACAUACGAAUCGCGCCAAGAUUUUACGAAAUAGUAAAGCAGCCGAUGAGUCUGCAUGACAUAAUAACCAAGCUCAACAAUGCUGCUUAUACCGAGUACGAGCAAGUGGUACAAGAUUUUAGACGCAUUUUCCAUAAUGUUCGACUGUACCUAAAGUCAUGUCCAGAUCCAACCAUGAAGAAAAAUAUUUACAAAGUCUCAUCUGAAUUCGAGAAACUUCUCAACGAAGAAUUUAACACAAAAUCUGAUUCCAAAGAUCAUAAUUACAGUGGUGAGAAAGAAACUAAGAAGUCAAGUAAUAAAAAUACGGAUGCAAGUAAUGUAAAGUUUGCUGAAGAUACAAAAUAACAUUAACUCAGUGAAGUGACUGAUCAUACAAAUAGUUAUGAAGAAUCUUUGUUGCUUUUGGACUUCUUUUUAAUUUUAUUAUUUAAUGCUAGGAAUUGUCUCACGUUUUCAAAUGGAUUAGGAGCUGUACUCCAUUGUGAAUCUACCUUGUAAAAAUACUUAUCAAAGUUUCCAUCGAUAGUUUUGUAAGAAACCUCUAGUCAACGAAUCGUAAAUGUCAGUGAUGUUACCAGAACUAAGUCUUAAUUUUAUCGAUUUAAGCUAGGAGUUGCCGAUUUUUUGAUGAAAUUUACCCUAAUGUAAAAUGUUGACUUAAACUUAUUUUCUU